AUGCCCGGGCACCCGCGGCCACCCCCCUCUGCUGCCUGCGGCGGGCAGAAAGCGGGCAGCGCGGAGCCCCGCAGGCUGCAGCCCAACGGGGAGACGCGGCAGAAGCAGCUCUCGGCCUGGUGCGCGCUGGCGCUCGCCUACAGCCGGCGGCACCGGCUGCCCGCCAUGACGGUGCGGGAGGCCCAGGACAGCCCGCUCUUCGCUAACCGCCGCCUGCAGCGGAAGCUCCCGCUGGAGUCCAUCCAGGUGGUGCUGGAGGAGCUCCGCAAGAACGGGAACCUGGAAUGGUUAGAUAAGAACAAAACCAGUUUUCUGAUCAUGUGGAGGAGACCAGAAGAAUGGGGAAAGCUCAUCUAUCAGUGGGUGUCAAAGAACGGCUUGACUAACUCCGUAUUCACGCUGUACGAAUUAGCCAGUGGAGAUGAUACAGAGAAUGAAGAGUUCCAUGGCUUAGAUGAGACUAUGCUGCUCCGUGCCCUGCAAGCCUUGCAACAAGAGCACAAGGCUGAAAUUAUCACGCUGGAUGAUGGCCGAGGCGUCAAGUUCUUCUGAUAAGAGCCCCCUCCACUCUUCCCUGGCUGCUGAAGCAGUUCUCGCUGUGAAGGUUUGUUCUCCUGGCCUGGUUUCAAGCUGUGACUGCAAGCAGCUGCAUACUCGGGAUUUCUUGGGGCAAGGAGAAUCUGCAAAGCCUUCCAAAGACGUGACUUCUUAGAAGUAUUCAGAGAUCCUCUGUCUUUUCUCCCUGUUGAUUGUGUUUGAGAGGCUAAAGCUGCUCUAGGCAGUUCUGAGAGGGACCACCCAGAAAGUAAAUAAUGGGACUGCUCCUGUUGCUGAUCCCUGUUCCUGUGAAGGCCACGGAGCGGUCUCUUCAGCUGGCUGGUCGAGCUUGGCCUCGAAGGGCAACUCCUUCCCUCCUGCCAACCAUAUGCUUGGGCUCUGCAGUCCCUGCUGUGUUGCCACGUGGGGUGAAAGCGAGCACAAGGAGCUUGCUGUCGCUGCUGUGUUGUAGAAGACCUCAAUGGCAGAAUGAUAUGUGCUUGCUGCAAAGCAGGCUGUGCAGCAGGGUGGGAGUGGAUGCCAAGGAACUAAUUUGAAGUAAUUAAAAUGAGAUGUAUUUAUAGAGCAGCCUGGGUGUUUUCAUCUAUCUUUAUUUUUCCAUCAGAAACAAAACAGAGCAACGUACCAGAUUCUUGCCCUUCAGCCAUGUUUCCUUACUGCACCAGAUGAACACAGCAGUAUGCUGUGGGGAGGGUAGGCCUGCCAAGCCACCCCACCCACCCCCAUGGGAAGCAGGCAGCACAAGUGCUUUUUUCCACAUGCCAGAGCUACAGACCAUGUGGGCCCUUGCUGCCUGUCUUCAGGGCAACAUUUACUUUCAUUUUCCAUGUGCAGUCCACUGAAAGCUAAUGGGUUUGUUGCAGAGGUGGUGGGGUAAGCACUAUGCAACAGUGGCUGGUAGAAGGUAUGACUAAUUUUUUAGAUUCUCAGUGCUGAUAACAAAGUACCCAGCUGGUCAGAAAACAUGACCCAGGUACAGUCUUUGACCCAGUAAAUCCUUAAUCGUUGACCAGGGGAAGCUGGACAGCUGUGCUGGGAAAGGAUCAUGCUCGCCUUUCCCAUUCUUUGCCUGAGUAUUCAGUGCUUGUUGCACGCAGAGGUGGGGUGCUGCGCUGGAGCGACCUUUGAUCAGACCCAGUGUGGUCGUUCUCGGGAUCUGGUGGAGCAGACGGUGCUUGCUUCCCGGCAUGCUUUAGCCGUCUGUCCCCAGCCAGUGCUGAACAGCUUGUCCUGCCUGCCCUGCCCUUGGAGGAUGACUUGGCACUGGUUCAGCUGCAGUGCUGCUGACAGCCAUCGUCGAUAGUAGGUAAUUUUCAGUGUAGAUGGGAUGCUGGAGUCCAGGCUGAGUUUGUGGGGCUGUGAAACUUAAAAAUGUACCUUUUGUAGCAGGAGCCUGUUGAUCUGAACUCAGUGGGAUGUGCUGGCUUGAUCUGGGCAUGUCACUCUGGAGUUGUGGCUGGAGGCUGGUGCCCAGGGUUCCUCUCUGUGCCGGUGACAGCAGUGCUGUGGAGGGAUUCCCAUGUGCCAGGACUCCUCUGCUGGAGAAUGGCACUUGCAGCACUCCUGCAGAGUCACUGACACGCUGGGCUACUGUGGUCUCCAACACUUUCUGGAGACCAUCAUCCCUGUGAGCAUUGAGAUGACUUACCUGAGCGAAUGUGAUGGUGCAGCCUGCAGUGAGCAUACCUACCCCUGGUGCUACAGCAGUCUGGGGGCAGCCCAGGCUGGUUUCAUGUGCCCUACUCUCAGGUGCCUGUUCUGACAGCCUAGGCUCAGUCCUCACCCGAGCCAUGAGGUUUGAGGGCAGUGGAUGGAUGUGGCAGCCCUUGGGGACGGACACGCUGGGGAUGCAAAGACCUGUUUUGGUACCACCAUGCACUGACUUGCUGGGGAAUGUCUGAUGGUGGCUGAGCAAGCCCAGCUCCCUACAGCUGCUGCCAGCCACAUUCACAGAAGCAGAGGCUGUGCUGUGCCAUGUGCCGGCAGCCCCACAGCGCGUCCUGGCAGAGGCAGCACAUGUGUCCCCACAACUGUCACAGGCUCUGCUCAAACCAGGGCUCACUGGUUGGAUGGGGGUCCUCCCUCUGUGUUUGCAGCCAGGAGAGUCUCUGUGUAGGAAUUGUCUGCUACCGGUGUCUGCUCUGGGCUUGUUUUGAUGUCCAAGAUCUGCCUCUUCCUCCCUCUUCAUGCCAUGCACAUUUACUCCUUUCCUCUCUGGUUGCUGCGCCCUCCCCUCUUGUUGCUUUUGUACCCCUGCAGUGAGCCGUGUUUCUAUGCUGGCUGUUCUGUGCCUGAUGGCAUCUGCGUUUGAUCCCAAAUAAUGAGCCUUUAGCAGCUGGGCCCGGGAUGUUUGCAUUUCUUGCUCUCCAUAUGUGUGAUGCCGACCUCUCAGCAUUGUGUUCUGAGGUACAUGUGCUGUAUGUAACCUGGCUGUCCUUGAGUGAGUCUGUGUUCUUAAUUAAAUUUGCUCCCUUCUAAGGAAAUGGCUGAUGUGACAUUAGAUAAGCCUAAAACAGCCUUUUUCUUUCCAAGGCACUCCUGGCAGCAAUUCACUGCUCUUUUUCAGCUUCCUAUUUAGUUGCUUACUUAGUGAGAAGAGGAGGAAGAGUAUGUCCCCCCCUUCAGAAUGGACAUGGUGUAAAAUUCCUUUUUCUGCACCCUCUCGGCCAGUUAUGAAAGGUUGCAUCCAGCCGUGCCUGUGUGGUCCUUGUGGGACCGACUCCCUGUGCCGGGCACUACGGCAGCGCGGUGGCAGCAGCAGCUGUCUGCCAGCGAUUGCCCCAGAGCCGUGGGAUGGGUCCUGGGGCUGGAAGACCCGCUGCCGGUGGUGCUGCCACCCUGGAGGGAGCAGAUGCUCCCUGGCUGUUCCUUCUGCUUGGGGAAUGGUGGCAAUUUGUA